CUAGUCAGUAGUAAGUUUAGGAGUUUAGUUAGGGUUACACAAAGUUUUCAAUCUUCUGAUUCAUUGUGACCAGCACAUUGUAAAAUGGAUACUUUUGAUCCAAGAAAUGAAGCAGCUCAGGCUCAAGCUCAACCUCAAAAUCCGAACCCUGAAGACCCACCAGCCUACUCUGAGAGAGACAAUGUAAAAGCCGGCGAAGGUCUCCCAUCAUAUCACGAUUCAGAUGCACCUCCAUCUUAUGAAUCCCUCUAUGGAAGGGUCAAGGCUGCUAAACGAGAUUCAUCCAAUGUGUUAACUUUCUUAAAAGCAUUCUUAAUCAUUAUUUUAUCAACCAUUGGCUUCACAAUAAUUCUAGGAAUUUUAAUGGCUGUUCCUAUUGCUAUGAUUGUUAUUGGUGCCCUUUACAAGGAUGAUUGUCCACUUGAGCGCAUGAUCCCGAUCUACCUAAUUGUGGCAGGAAGUUUUGGUUGUGUCAAGAACUUGUUUAACUUAGUCCAAAGGUUUUGUAAAUCAAAAGAGGAGAUGGAAGAGGAGAGAAAAAAAGUCAACCCCUUGGAACAACUUGUCAACUGUUUUCUGUUUGCUUGGUUUAUUGUAGGAUGUGUGUACAUCUACCGAAAUUAUGAUGAGGUGAGCUACGACCCUUUAAAAACGGAUCACUACUGUGACAAGACUUUGUACUUAUUUGCCUUUUGGGUGACGACUGCAGUCUACAUCAUCAUGGCUAUGUCCUGCUGCUGUGUGGUGUGUGUGGGCUGUGUAACUUGCCUGUUCGGGGAAAGCGAAUGAGUUACUUUUGAACUUCUCAACAACAUUUGCAUCUGAAAUUUAGUUAACACUGAAUAAGACUACAUAUGUUAAAAUAAUUAAGACAUCCAAUAUCUCUAAAGCAACUUUACAUGCUAAUCUAAUUUAUAUAUAUAUUUCAUCUGAACUCUAUUUAAAAUCAUCUUUACUCAAUUAUGUAAACUAACCAAAACUAAAAUAAUUAAGUUUCUUAACAUUUUAAAAGUAAUUUUAUCAGCUUUUCAAAUUCUUCAACUUGUUAUUUAAAUCUUAAGUUAAAAGAUGCUAAUUAAAAUGAUAUAAAAUUGAGUAUUUAAUGUGCGCAAUGUUUUUUAAAAUAUUUUACUUUCUCAAAUAGAUUUUUUUUUGUAAAAUUUGAUUAGCACUAAUUCAAAUGUUGUUGACUUUUAAUGAAUACAAUUUUCAAAAUUACGACAUCUCUAUUUACUUUUUAUUUACAAAUGUAUUUCUUCUGAAGGGUAUAUUGAAAUUUAUUUUUUAAACAUGAUUUGAAGUCAAACAAAUCUUAAUGUAAAGCUUGUUUGUAAUUGUUUUAAUUAUUAUUCCAGAUUAAUUUGGAAUAUUUUUCAAUUAAAACUUUAAAUUAAUUUUUUUCUAGGUUUCUCAGUUUUUGUUUUAGUAAUUAUGAUAAUAAUUUUGGC